UUGACUUUUAAUAUUAUGAUGAAGCUAGUUGCUGGACACAGGCAUUUGGAUGUUGAUUUUCAUUCAGAUAAUACUAGAGACGCGGUCAAUGAUCCAAGGCAGAUGUUUAAUCCAACAGUCAACCUUCUUUGGAGCGACCACGUACCUAUCUUGAGGUGGUUGACUUUUCAUGGGGCGGAAAGGAGGACCCUGAAAACGCAUAAAAAGAGGGAUGAUUUCCUUCAAGCUCUAGUUGACGUACGUCGAAGUGUUAUUUCCUCUCCUUCAAUUACAGCUGGGGAGCGGAGGCGACCAAUUAUAGAUGUUAUGUUAUCGCUGCAGGAAUCAGAACCAGAUUGCUACACUGAUGAAAUCAUCAAAGGAAUAAUUAUGGUAAUGCUUACAUCUGGAACAGUAACAUCAACUUACACCAUGGAAUCUGCAAUGUCUCAUUUGAUAUCGCACCCUGAGGUCUUCAAAAAGUCAAGGGAAGAGAUUGAUGAAAAUAUUGGACAAAGCCAACUACUUCAAGAUGCAGAUCUUAGCAAGCUUCGAUAUCUUCAUCGCAUAAUCAAUGAAACACUCAGAUUAGGUUCGACAGGGCCAAUAAUUCCCCCUCACGAGUCAUCAAAGGAAUGCACGGUCGGAGGUUACAACAUUCCACAAGGCACAACGUUAUUGGUUCUAGCUUGGGCAUUAUAUACGGAUCCCAAGUUGUGGGAGGACCCUGAUAUGUUCAAGCCUGAGAGAUUUCAAGGCAGCGGGUAGGAGGGGGAAGGGGGAGGGUAUAAGUUCAUUCCAUUUGGUUUAGGAAGAAGGCAAUGCCCAGGAGAAGGGUUGGCCAUGAGGCUUAUUGCUUUGACAUUGGGGACCUUGAUUCAAUGCUUUGAAUGGAAAAAGGCUAAUGGAGAAUUGGAGAUCACCAGGCUGAUGGUGUUGCAGUCAGCCUGCACAAAGCAGAGGAUGAUGGCGCUUUAAAGAUCAUAUUCCGACCCCGUGAAAUUCUAGGGAACAUUCUUUCUCAACUCUGACCUGUUUACAAAGUCACAAUUUGCUUUUGUUUCAUAAUCUGAAUGUAUACUCCAGCACUGUUCCUAUAUUCCUAGGGAAUUAUUCACUUCAAACCAAAAGAAAAACAGAUUUAUUUACAAUGAAUAACUAUAGUAUAUAUA